AUGGUCGUUGUCAUAGCUGGAGGCGUCGCAGCAAAGCAUGGUGUUGUCUUCAAGUCGGCAAUGGCCAUCGAGACUGCCCGCAAUGUCUCCCACGUCGUCUUCGAUAAGACCGGCACCCUUACUCAAGGUGAACUGUCUGUCGCAGAAGCAGUCUAUCUUUCCAACAAGGACGACCUCGUUGAAUCCAUCACUCUCGGCUUGACCUGCGACAGCAAACACCCCGUCUCCGCCGCAAUAUCAACUUAUCUCAAAGAAAAUGGUGUUGAUGCUGCUAAGAUUGGGGACUCCAAAUCAGUCACCGGUAAAGGCGUGGAAGGCACUUUUGACGGCGCGAACGUUCGCGGCGGCAAUACCCGCUGGCUCUCAGCCGAGACUCUCCCAGAGGUCCAAGAUCUCCUUGCCAAAGGUCUCACAGUCUUCGGAGUAGCAAUAAACGACCAACUCAUCGCUGUCUUCGGCCUCUCCGACUGCCUCCGCCCAGACUCCCAUUCCGUCGUUACUGAGCUUCAAAAGCGCAACAUCGCUAUCUCGAUAGUCAGCGGCGAUGAUACUGGUGCCGUCGAAGCUGUUGCCGCUAAGCUGGGAAUCCCGGCUAGCCAUGUGAGAUCUAGAUGCACGCCUGGCGAUAAACAGGUGUAUCUUAAGAACCUGAUGGCGGAUGAGAAGAAAGUUGUGAUCUUCUGCGGCGACGGGACUAACGACGCGGUGGCGCUCGCUCAAGCUGACAUCGGCGUGCACAUGAACAGUGGCAGCGACGUGGCGCAGACUGCUGCCGACGUCGUCCUUGUGCGCCCAUACCUGGGUGGGAUUUUGGUGCUACUGGAUCUGUCGAAAGCGGCGUUACAUCGUAUCUUCUUCAAUUUCGCCUGGUCAUUUGUCUACAAUUUGUUCGCUAUAUUGUUGGCCGCGGGUGCCUUCGUCAACGCGCGGAUUCCGCCACAGUAUGCUGGAUUGGGCGAGAUUGUCAGCGUUGUCCCUGUCAUCUUGAUUGCGCUGCAUCUAAGGUGGUUCAAGCGAGAGUAUUGA